AUGGAAUUUGCAACAUUCUAUUUGGCUGGGGAAGAAGAGAAAGAGAAGGCAAGCAGAGGUGUUAGAGAAGUGCUUAGAAUUAUGGGUGUUUGUCGUGCGGGUGGUACGUGUGGACAGUUUUAUGAACACCCCUACUUAGAAUUAUUGAAGAGCAAGGUUUUGGAGAGAAUUGGUUUCAAUGACUUGGCCAUUGGAGUUAUAGCGACCUCGUUUGGAGUGGUUGAAGAAAUUGUGGGUGUGAAAGUGUUGGAAGAACAUGAGUUUCCUCGUAUUCAUAACUGGAUUAAGAAUUUCAAGCAGAACCUAACUAUCAAGAACAACCUCCCUGAUCCUCACAGAAUGUUCUUGAGUCUAAGACCAGUCUAA